UGCCGUUCGGUCUGAAUUGACUUCCGGAAGGCGGGGACUGCUGCUGGCAGCAGUUUUGUAGCUCCGAUGCUUCUGUCAGUCACAGGGAAGCAGCCGGGAGGAGAGCAUCUUCUGAAGGCUGAAAGUACAACGUGUUUUUUCGAUGUAACCAGAUUGUAAAAAGAUAAGAAUCAUUUUUUCUGGAUCCACUCUGCAGUCCUCGCCACAGUUCCUCACUCCUUCUACCCUUUUACUGACAUGUUCACACACCGGCUCUCUGAAGAUGCUGUUUGGUGCUCCAGUCAAGGACAGCGUUGAAAACACUGAUGUUUCUCACGCACUGAUGGCAAAAACGGAAAGGUCGUCUCUGAUGGUGUGCACGUGUCGGCGUGUAAAACAGACAGCAGCAUCGCACCAUGGCAGCCAAUAAAGGGAAAAGCCAGAGCUCUCUGGCUCUGCACAAGGUGAUAAUGGUGGGAAGUGGAGGUGUGGGGAAGUCUGCCCUCACCCUGCAGUUCAUGUACGAUGAGUUUGUGGAAGACUACGAGCCCACCAAAGCGGACAGCUACAGGAAAAAGGUGGUCCUGGACGGAGACGAAGUCCAGAUCGACAUCCUGGACACAGCGGGCCAGGAGGACUAUGCCGCCAUACGGGACAAUUACUUCCGCAGUGGGGAGGGGUUCUUGUUGGUGUUCUCGAUCACAGAACAAGAGUCCUUCACAGCCACCGAUGAGUUCAGGGAGCAGAUCCUGCGGGUGAAGGCGGACGAGGACAAAAUUCCUCUGCUGCUGGUGGGGAACAAGUCUGACUUGGAGGAACGCAGACAUGUGUCUGUGGAGGAGGCGCGUCGGAAGGCAGAGGAGUGGGGAGCCCAGUACGUGGAGACGUCUGCCAAAACCCGAGCCAAUGUUGACAAGGUGUUCUUUGACCUGAUGCGAGAGGUACGAGGCAAGAAAAUGUCCAAAAACAAUCAGACCAACGGAAACGGGAAGAACAACAAGAGAAAGAGGCGUUUUCCAGCUCUGUGCUGUUUACUGUAAACACACGAUGGGCGGGACGGAUCCACCAUCAAACUGUGACGCUGGAAACUGGAGCACAUGUCAGACUGCAGCCUGAAAUGACUAGCAUUCGGCUUUCCAUGAAACACUCAUGUUAAAAAUGAUCGUCUAGAAAAACAUCACUUUAACCUGUUGCCAUUUUAAAGGGCCUGUUGGGAGACGGACCGUGACUGCAGUGCCUGAAGGCUCACACUGACAGACCAAAACCGCCGCUCUACGCUUUCCUCUGACCUGCUGUGCUUGUUCAGUAAACACAGCCCUUCGUUUCCUUUUUCAUCCUAACUCCCAAUCCAUCCGGUUUUCAUUCGGGAGCCUCGUCACCAAUCUGCUGCUCCUUCAUGUUAAGAGUCAUGUGACCUUCUUCAGCUGUUGAGCUUUCAUUUCAACCCUUACGUGUCCAUUCUUUGCCAUGGCAUCCAUUCUGUGCAGUCAGACAGAUUUUGCUGGGACCAGGUUGUUCAUGGAAGCGCAGCUGAAAGCUGUGAGGACCAAUAUUUGGGCACUGAGACUUAAAUUCCCUGUGGAUGAAGCUCCCAGUGGAUCUCUGGGCCCUGAUGUGACGUCUGGAACUGAAGGCGAGCUGACGCUCGUGGUCAACUGUGGCGAUCGCUCCGGUCAUCUCAUCUGCUCGCGCUCUGCGCUGCAACAGCUGCCGACAAUCGCACCGGCCACCCUAGCCCUGCCUCACGGCCAAUGACUUCUCAUAUACAACUCUUCCUUUUCUUAAAUGAAGUGCACUACAGGCCCAGAGGAGGGGCUUCACUGGAGAUUCUAAAGCAGAUCCUGUGCCAGUUCUACUGCAAGUCCUGGUCUGGGGAUUUGCAGUGUGAACAUUUUAUUCAGUGUUUGUUUUUCAGGAAUGUGAGUCGAGCAAAGCUUUGCUUCAUAACUGUGGGAGUGAGAGGGAAUCCGACGUUUGCACCACUGCCAUACCUUUAUGUCUUGUCCAGUUUGAUCACCUUUUACUGUGAAAUGCUCCUGUGUCUGAGCAGCUCAAGUGCUGCCAAAUAAAAAUGCCUUUACUUUGUAA